GUUGGGAAUGAACAGUCAGGAAGUGCGUGAUACGCAUGCAAUAGUCAUGGGAUAAACUUGUGAGAUUGACAUUCCAGGUGGAAAUAUGUUUUGGUUCAUUCUCCUAAUCCUGGUGAUCGGUGGAGAUGGUCUCAGGUUGACUUCGUAUAUAUCAUCUGGGGGUCUCCACGGGGAGAUUCGGUUUGAACCCGGGACCGAUGACACCCUGAGGAUACGAUUAUCCCUGAAGACGACCCUCCAGUAUCCAGAUCAGCAGUGGACUUGGGCUGUCACCAGAUUCCCCGUUGAUUACACUAGGAUUGAAGAUCGAUGCAGCGAUCGGUAUUUAGGGGAAACGAUAAUCGAUCUGACGGAGCACGUGGGGCCCCUGACCCUUCCUGGAAACGAGACAACAGUGACUGAAGUCCCGAACAUCAGCUUGAUCGGGGAGAAGGGGCUGUGGGGUAAGGGCCUCGUCCUCAAGGAGAUCUACUCCCCGAGAACAAUCUGUGCCUCGAUAACGGUCUUGGAGAGGAAUGCCGAGAAAAACGCCGAGGCCCGAUUCCAUGGGCCAGUGGUUGGGUCCGUCUGGUUCAGAUGGCUUGGGGGAACCCCCGGGGACUCCAUCACCGAUACAAUAAUUUACACUGAUCUCCAGCACACGUCCAGACAGAAACUCCAGAGGAUUGACUUCACCGAGCACAACUGGAAGAUCUACGUGACGGAUAUAUUCGACACUGGGAAGGACAGGAAUGACUGCAGAGUUCUUCAGAGUGUCUUCGAUCCUGAUGACUUGGGCUCUGGGAAGUCCAUUGGAGAUGUUGACGCGAGACUGGGGAAGCUCAAGGUCGCCGUUGACUCCAGAACCUUCAAAACUGCCUACAGGGAUCCUGUCAUCUCUCUUCUGCCUGCUGAUCUCCUGGGGACUCAUCGCUCGCUUUAUCUCGUUAUCUUUCACCCGACGCAUCCUGAUUCCGUCCUUGCCUGCGCUAAAAUCAAGAACCGGAAGUUCAUACUGGCUAAGAGUCUGGUGUCAUCUCAUGGUCUGAAAGGCGAAGUGACAUUCACUCAAGAGACGCCGUACCAUCCGACGUGGGUGAACGUCUCCUUGCACCCGAUCAACGACCUGGAGACUCGUCUUCGAUACGAAACGAAAAUCGCAGCUUAUCGAAUUCACGAUCUACCACGGAACCCCCGUGACACCGAUCACCAGGUGGGAACCGAGUGUCUGAGCACCCGGGGAUUGUAUAAUCCUGGAAAAUUAGAUGUCAAUGCAACCCCUCCAGCUGGACUGGGGACUCAAGAUCAAUAUGCAGUUGGUGACCUGUCGGGAAAGCUCCAGGGGAGGAGGGAAGGCACUCAACACCAGGAUAUUCUUCCUGGGAGCGCGAAGUUGAAUGGAAUUUACUGGGAUAUUUUUUUACCCUUAUCUGGGAGAGAUAGUGUUCUCCAUCGGUCCGUAGUAAUGCACAAGUACAACGAGACUGACAAUAAAGGAAUAAUUCCCUGGAUAUGCAGUACGAUAUCCCAGCAUUUAUCUCAAGCAGCUGGACAGAUGCCAAUGCUGACUGCACAGGCGGUAUUCAAGUAUCCACUGGUGGGAAGAAUUCUAUUUCGGCAGCCCCAGAACGAGCCUGAGAGUGACACCACAAUUAUAAUCGAGAAUUUAAUUCACGCGGAUGGAAGUGCUCUAAAUAAUUCCGCAGAGCACAGGUGGAUGGUCCACGAUUAUCCUCCAGGCAAAGAUUACUACAACUGGACAGGCAGAUGUCUAAGUGCAGGUCCUCCCUACAAUCCACACAAGAUAGAUUGGGAUCCAGAUCAUCCAGAGCUUUGCUCUCCCCAGGAGGUGAAUCUCUGUCGUCUAGGGGAUCUAUCCCGUCAUGGAACUCUCGACAUUGCUGGGAGAAAAUUCGAGGGACCUAGGAUCAGCAGAAAAUUAUUUACAGAUUCAUCUCUCCCGCUCUCUGGGCCCAACUCCAUUCUGGGGAAGAGUUUGGUGAUUUAUGAUGAUCAUGGACCCGUCGCCAGGGGCGAGAGACUCGCCUGCACGCUCAUCAGCAGAGUCUACAGGAGGAAAGCAGUUGCCAAGGAUUGGUUUGGAAAUAGCGAACAAGUUAGUGUUCAUGGGAAAUUUGAAUUCAUCCAGCAAACGGAGUACGAUGUAACUGAUGUGGAGGUCGUCCUCGAGGGACUGGAGGGAAAAACGGGUGUCUACCAUAUUCACAUGACUCCAGUAGAAAUGGACCUGGAGUUUCCCUGUGAAGCGACGAGCCUCUACGAGCCCUACAACCCCCUGAACGUCACAAAACCAGCGUUUCUACCCCCAAAUGAGGGAAGUACUGAUCAGUACGAGCUGGGGGACCUGAGCGGUAAAUUCGGGACCCUGGAAAACCGGAGGAGAUACUCCUCGACGUACAACGACACUCUCCUACCCAUAUUUGGGUAUCAGAGUAUUUUGGGAAGAAGCAUAAUUAUUCAUAAGAAGAAUGCAGAUGUCCGAUGGGCCUGUUCUACCAUCGAGAGAGGAUAUGCCCCAUCUGAGGCCAGAGAAUUGAGAGCAAUCGCUUCAUUUCAUCAUCCUCAGGGAUUCGCCUAUGGAUAUAUGCGAAUGACACAAUUGAUAUACAAUGACGGAAGUCAGAGUGAAACGAUAAUUGAAGUUAAAUUGAGGCAUCCUGGUGAGCGGGACAGGAAUGUGACGAGAAACCACCACUGGGCAAUUUACGUCAAUCCAGUGGGUGUUGAUGCAACAGUAAAGACUAAAGCCACGAGAUGUGUCGCUGGGGGAUACAUAUGGAAUCCUUACUUCACACAACUGGCGGAUCCUCUGAACGAAGACCUCUACAGACAAGAAUGUGGACCUGAUCAGCCCCUCAGGUGUCACGUUGGGGAUUUGUCAGCCAGGUUGGGACCCAUUGAUAUAGGACUGGGGAGAAAAGUCUUUAGUGAUGCCAAUUUUCCUCUCGAGGGAGACAUCUCUGCUCUCGGAAAGUCGAUUGUCAUUAAGGAUCAGAAUUUCGGGUCUCAACCGUUUGCCUGCGCCAAUAUCGAACCUGAUUUCGAUAUUGUCAAGUAUGCUAACAUCAGGAGACCGCCCAGAUUCGUCGUAGCUCAAUUCCUAGAAGACGUGAGACAAGUGAUGGGAAUCCCCGAGUGGAUGCUGUCGAUCGACAAUAGAAAAACAAAAAUCCUGCAUUCAGGUGCGUGCAUUCAGUUUCUCCUGCAUUUUCGAGGUCCAAUAGCCGGGAGAAUAGAGCAGGAUUUCAGUAGACUGAUGUCAACUGGAAAAUUAAAAGAGCCAAGUCUGUCAAUUCCUGGAUGGGUCCAGCCAAAACGGAAGAGCACCCUAGGUCACAGACAAUGCGGAACACGUGAUCCCAAUGAUAAAUCCUUCAGAACCCCCAAUUCAGCGGAAAAAAUAAAUUUCUCCCUCAUUUUACUGCCUCUCCUCAUCAAUAACAUUGGAUUAUCAAUAUAAUUAUACUUUAUUUGAAUAACAA